CCACAACACCAUCACCGCUUUUCCAACCUCAAACAGCAUCCCCAAACCAUUCUUAACACAUUCAAUCUUUCUCACCUCACAUCAAAUCUACUUUGACCAAUAUCGCCAAUAUGUCCGCCCCCUUCGACGUAAUCGCAAUCAUCAAGCCCAAAGCCGGCUCUGCCGACCGCGUCGUCGAGCUUCUCCGCACUGCCGCAGAUUCUGUGAAGGAGAAAGAGCCCGGAACGCUGAAAUACCAGAUCAAUCUUGAGACAAAGGGCGAUGCGCCGUGCAUCGUGAUGCUGGAGACGUACAAAGACAUGGCGGCGCUGCAGGCGCACGGCUCGAGCGAGCAUUACAAGGAGUUGAGCCAGACGCUGAAGAAGGAGGAGUUAGUGAGCGAGCCGAUGCAGGUGUUGUUCACGAAGGAUGUUGGGGGGUUUGUUAGUAAGUUGUAAGGAAGAUUAAGGAUUGAGGAAUGGCGAAUAGCGAAUGAAAUCAAGAAUUGAACAUUGUGGCGCAUACGUCAUCCUGUGUAGACUCAGUCAAUCAUACGUUAGUCAACUUACAGUCUGGUAGCUCAGCCUGGGAGCUCACUGCCCCUUUGGUUGGGUCGCACUAUACAAUGUUGACGUCC